GCAUCACUGCAACUCAGUCGCCUAAAGUAUUUCUCCUGAGCAGCGUAUUUGAAGUUAUCCUUGUGCGUUUGCCACCACUGAUGCUGUCUGAAACAAUCAAUUGGGCAGGCACGUGGAGUUAGCUAAACAUCAGGUAGCAGGAGGUGCGGACCAGUACCAAAUGACCCCCAAAAAUAUUAUGUGUUGACUUGAUUUUUUUUUAAUACGUGAGAUUAGUUACAUUCUACUACCCAGGGCAUUGAAACUUCCACAGCAAGGGUCUAUUAACAGUGCUUUAAGUACUGUAAACUACUAACAUAAACAAAUAAGCUCAUUAAUGGAAUGCAACUGGAAAGCAGGCUUCCAAAUUAGUUUGUCGGAUCUAAGUGUAGCACAGAAAAGUCGAAAAGUACAGCGAAGAUGGCAGAGGUGUCAAACAAUGAAAAUGGAAACACUUUGGACGUUAUGAUAGACCCGGACUUCGAGCCACAGAAAAGACCCAGGUCUUGUACGUGGCCUCUUCCACGACCCGAGUCGGACACAGGGAAACCCGAACCAUCUGAGAUCAUUCCCGAGGAGGAGGAGGAUGACCCGACCACUGACACUUCUGCGGGCCACAUCAUUGCCAACGACAGCUCGAUAGAAACUGAGACUUCAGAAGGGGGACAUAGAUCCGAGACAACCCCCGCGGUGCGCCUCAAGACCACUUCCAAGGACAAGGAUCUCGAUGGCUUCGAGGUACCUUCUCAGCCCCUGUCCACUGCGAGCAGCGAGACGAGUGUCAAUGGCCUGGUUGCACAGCCAAGGAAGUCCUCGGCCCGCAGGAAUGCCUGGGGCAACUACUCCUACGCAGACCUCAUCACUCAAGCCAUCGAGAGCUCGCCUGAGAAGCGCUUGACUUUGGCCCAAAUCUACGAUUGGAUGGUCAGAUCAGUGGCUUAUUUCAAGGACAAAGGCGACAGCAACAGCUCCGCUGGCUGGAAGAACUCCAUCCGGCACAACCUGUCUCUGCACAGCCGCUUCGUGCGCGUCCAAAAUGAAGGCACGGGUAAGAGCUCCUGGUGGAUGGUCAACCCGGAGGGCGGCAAAGGCGGCAAGGCCCCGCGGCGCCGCGCCGUCUCCAUGGACAACGGCAACAAGUACACCAAGAGCGCGCGGGGCCGUGCGGCCAAGAAGAAGGCGGCGCUGCAGGCCGCCCAGGAGGGGGGCGGGGUAGUGGUGGGGGCGCUGGGGCCGGCUCUGGACCCCUCCACGGGGCUGUCGCGCUGGUCGGGUAGCCCCGCGUCGCGCAGCAGCGACGAGCUGGACGCCUGGACCGACUUCCGCUCGCGCACCAACUCCAACGCCAGCACGCUGAGCGGACGCCUCUCGCCCAUCCUGGCCAACGCCGAGCUGGACGAGGGCGCUGAGCUGGACGAGGACUCGCCGCUGCUCUCGCCCAUGCUCUACUCCUCCCCCAGCAGCCUCUCACCCUCCACCGUCGGCCUGGGCGAGCUGCCGGGACUCGCUGACCUCGCCGGCACCAUCAACUUGAACGAUGGCUUGAUGAACGACCUGCUCGACGACAUCAGCCUGACGGCCACGCAGCAGCAGCAGUCGCCCGGCGGGGGCGGUGGAGGAGGAGGAGGAGUGGACGGGGAGGACAGCGGAGACGAACACGGCUCCUCCUCUUCCUCCUCGGUCUUCACCUUCGGCUGCCCCUCGCCCCUGUUCGGGCCCGGCCUGCGCCAGUCGCCCAUGGAGACCAUCCAGGAGAAUAAGCAGGCCUCGUUCCCCAGCCUGGGGGGGCCGUACGGGGGGGCGGGGGCCCAGACACUGCAGGAGCUGCUGGAGGGCACCGUGGGGGGAGGCUGCGGCGGCGGCGGCGGGGGCCGCAACGACAUCCUGCUGACCCAGUCGGACCCGCUCAUGUCGCAGGCCAGCACGGCCGUGGUCAGCUCGCAGAGCGCCCGGCGCUGCGCCAUGCUCCUCCGCAACACCGACCCCAUGCUCUCCAACCAGCCGUCCGGGCCGGGACUCCUCAACGGCGGCACGCAGCCCUGGAGAGGCCUCAAUGGCGGAGGAGGAGGAGGAGGAGGAGGAGGAGGGGGGCUGGGCCUCCUCAGCAACGACCCCACACAACACUACUUGACAAAGCAGCAGCAGCAGCAGCAGCCGCUCCGCUCCACGGCCCUCCACCAGCCUCCCGAGCCGUCCUCCCUGCUGCUGGGGCUGAACGCUGGUGGCCUGGUCUUGCCUCAGGACCGUUGCUUCCCGGCGACGGAGCUGGGCCUGGAGUUCUUCAACGGCAGCCUGGACUGCGACAUGGAGGCCAUCCUGCGCGGCGAGCUGAUGGACGCCGACAGCUUGGAGCUCUUCGACUCCGGGUCCAGCGCCGGCUCGGGAUCGGGCGCCGUCGUCUCGACCCAGAACAACGCCAACCUGAACACAGCAGGCAGCUUCUCCUCCAGAGCCAAGGGCACCGCCACAGCAGCUCAGAGCUGGGUGCCAGGCUAAUGAACCCUCCGAGCCAAGCGAAGCAGAUCUUCAAGUUGACAGGAGAGAACAAGCUCCCUCCACGUCGUUUGCCAAACCAGCUAUCUGCUCCGUGAGGUCGAUGGUCUGUUUACUGAACAAAAUCUAGAGAAUGUUACCAUUGUCUUCACCCAGCAAAGACACUCUGAUAACACAAAGGAUACUUGAAGCAGCUCUCACUCGAAUCCCCAUGCCCAAGCCCACCCACCCUGAGAAGUAAUUAUUAUGCAAUCAUGUUCUUUUAGCAUUCCCUGAAUUCAACAUUGUUACAAAUAAAACGCACACCAACAUGUGUACAGUUACACGCAUGCACACACACAUGCGCACGCACACACACACACACAUACAUACAUGCAUACAGUACACAUACAGUAGAUACAAGUAGAAGCAAAAGAUUUUGUUAUGAAAAGGAUAAAAAAAAUGAAAUGGACGUUAUGGUGUAGCCCCCUAGCCUCCUCCUCUUCACUGUACCGUGGAAAAAAAGAAACAAAUUGUGACGUGUUUUGAAGCUAUUUAGUGUUCUUAUGUAUGAGAUGUUAUAGUUUUAAUAACACCAUUCCCCCCUCUCCUCACCCACCAAAUAUAUUAGGCUCUUAAGCAAGCAACCACGUUGCAUUCCAUGCUAACAUUUCAAAAAAAAUUUUUUUUUUAAUUUUUUUUGGAACCAACAAAGUUCCAAGCCACCACCCCCAACAUCUUUAUGAAUUUUCCCUCUCCCACUCCUUAAGUCCCCCCCCUCACCACCACCACCACUGCCGCCACUUUGCCUAUUGUGUAGACUAGGGUCUCCUCUAAAAUUGGUUCUUAACCCCUCGGUGGCAGUGUGCUGUGCUCCGUCCCUUUUGUUCCCCCUACACCCCCUGCCCCUGCCUCCCACGCCCCCUGCCCACCGCCCACCCCCCGUGUCUCAGACUGUGGGCGUGCGGGCCUGAGGAACUCAUCUGUGCAGCCCGUUUCCUGGAGCUCGCCAUGCUGAGAAAACAAAACAAAACAGGGGUGCAUUUCUGGAAAGCGUAGUUGUUAGCAGUUCGCAACUUCGGUAGUUGCCAUUGGGACAUUGCAUUGCAACCAACAAAGUUGCUAACUGCUAACAACUGCGCUGUCCAGAAAUGCACCCCAGGGCACCAGCCAGCCAGCCAGAGGUAGCUGCUGCUGCUGCUGCUGCUGCUGCUGCUGCUGAAUGUUUGUGUUCAGGGUUACUAGGCAUUUUUUUUCUCCUUGUGUGUAUUUAAUGGCGUGAAGAUGCUUUUAUUUUUUGUUUCGUUUUCUUUUUUUUUCUUUUUUUAAAAAAAAAAGAGAAUGUUAACCAUCUGAAGAUAGCGAUCAUAUUAGCAGUGUUAAUAACUCCAUAAAAUGUGAUCUGCGGCUGCUUGCAAAACAAAAACAAAAACAAAAAAAGUGCAUCUUGCCACUCGGGUCCAUCCUUCACAUGUAUCUUUGUACACAAAGACACACAAGCUAAACUAAAAGCACGCGUCGCGCACGCACAUGUACGUUUGUUUUAUGUACGUGUGUGUGCUGCGCUCGUGCGUCUGUAUGACAGGUGCUAAAACAGUGUUUUCCAAUCCUCCAUGCAGUAUGUAGUAAUACUUUUAAUCUUUGCAUGGAUAGGACACGUCAGAAGGGCGUUGCACUGAAUAAAACACCCUCUACAGUGUCUUCUACUGUACGUUGCCAAAUUUUAUGACCUGUGCGAGGCAACCAAGUCACGCAAAGCCUGAAAGGCUGUAGCAAAAAUGUCAUUAUUAUUAUUAUUAUUGUUAUUGUUAUUAUUGUGUAUUAUGAACUUUCUUUGGAACUCCAGGUACCCUAAGUAGUGUAAAAAAAAUACUUCCUUUGGAGUAUUACCCAUGAAAAGAGCAAAAAAUGUAUUAUUAACUACUAAAAAUAUAUCAUCUACGUACUUAAGCAUUUAUUAUUUUGAACAAAUGAACUGAAAAGACUUUCGUUCAUUUAGAGAAUGAGAAAUCCAUUGUACUUCUUCACCUGCAGAUGGUAGUGACCUUUAGUUGCCAACACAGGAACAAAGCACUCUCCGAGUAUAUCUCCCCAGAAUGUUUUUAUCGCAAACUAAUUUCUAUUCUUGUUUAUUUUACCCCCCUUCCCCUCCCCUCCCCAAUCCCCCCAGCCAUCUUGCCAGGCCAUUCCAUGCUUCUUGUCUGUGUGCAGUACCGUAUGUACCAUAUUGUGUGGCUGACAUGCGAUAUGAAAAAUAAAAAAGUCAGGAAACGU